UCUUUCCUCCCUCUCUCCGCUGCCCGUGUCUCGGAUGGAGCCGCUUCCCCUCUAACUUCCCUGCUGCCCGCCGCCCCUGCCUGCAGGCUGGGUGCGGACCCCCCCGACCACCCCCCCCCGGACGAAGAUGAGCCUUUUGCCUCUUUAAAACGCCCCCCCCAACCUCUAAACAAACAACAACAACAACAAAAAAAAGCGCUUUAUUUUCCGGGGGGGGAAAUUUUGCUUUUUAUUUUUAAUUUUUUGGGGGGGGGUGGAAGUUGGACCCUUUUUAUUUCCUCCUCGGCCCCCCCCUCCCGCGGGGCCGCCCCCCUCUGCCCGGCCGCCCCCCCCCGGGCCCCGCAGAGCCGCUCCGGAGGAGAGAGAGAGAAAAAACGCCCGGACUGCUCCAGCCUCCGAAAUGACUCAGUAACUUUUACGCCUCGAGUCUCAGCCCUGCAAUUAGCCACUUUCCCAGCGCGGCUCGGGAUGUAUUCGUCUCCUCUCUGCCUGACCCAGGAUGAGUUCCACCCCUUCAUCGAGGCGCUGCUCCCCCACGUCCGGGCCUUCGCCUACACCUGGUUCAACCUGCAGGCCCGCAAGCGCAAGUACUUCAAGAAGCACGAGAAGAGGAUGACAAAGGACGAGGAGAGGGCGGUGAAGGAUGAGCUGCUGAGCGAGAAGCCGGAGGUGAAGCAGAAAUGGGCCUCGCGCCUCCUGGCCAAGCUGCGCAAGGACAUCCGGCCCGAGUGCCGGGAGGACUUCGUGCUCUCCAUCACGGGCAAGAAGCCCUCGUGCUGCGUCCUCUCCAACCCCGACCAGAAGGGGAAGAUGCGCCGCAUCGACUGCCUGCGGCAGGCGGACAAGGUCUGGCGGCUGGACCUGGUCAUGGUCAUCCUCUUCAAAGGGAUCCCGCUGGAGAGCACCGACGGCGAGCGCCUGGUCAAGUCGGGCCAGUGCACCAACCCCAUCCUCUGCGUCCAGCCCCACCACAUCAGCGUCUCCGUCAAGGAGCUCGACCUCUACCUGGCCUACUUUGUCCGCGAGAGAGAUGCAGAGCAGAGCAGCAGCCCCCGGACGGGCAUCGGCUCGGACCAGGAGGACAGCAAACCCAUCACGCUGGAUUCGACAGACUUCCAGGAAAGCUUCGUCACCUCGGGGGUGUUCAGUGUCACCGAGCUCAUCCAGGUGUCCCGAACGCCGGUGGUGACAGGCACGGGGCCAAACUUCUCCCUGGGGGAGCUGCAGGGCCACCUGGCCUACGACCUGAACCCCUCCAGCACUGGCAUGAGGAGGACACUGCCCAGCACCUCCUCCAGCGGGAGCAAACGGCACAAGUCGGGGUCCAUGGAGGACGACAUCGACACCAGCCCGGGGGGCGAGUACUACACCUCCUCCAACUCCCCCACCAGCAGCAGCCGCAACUGGACAGAAGACAUGGAAGGGGGCAUCUCCCCCACCGUGAAGAAGACGGAGAUGGACAAGUCCCCCUUCAACAGCCCAUCGCCCCAGGACUCCUCGCCCCGGCUGAGCAGCUUCACACAGCACCACCGUCCCGUCAUCGCGGUGCACAGCGGUAUCGCUCGAAGCCCGCACCCGUCGUCUGCGCUGCAUUUCCCCACCACCUCCAUCCUCCCCCAGACGGCCUCCACCUACUUCCCGCACACGGCCAUUCGGUACCCGCCUCAUCUCAACCCGCAGGACCCGCUGAAAGAUCUCGUCUCGCUGGCCUGCGACCCGUCCAACCAGCAGCCCGGACCGUUAAAUGGAAGUGGUCAAGUGAAAGUGCCCAGCCACUACCUGCCCACGCAGAUGCUGGCGCCGCCACCUCCCCCCGGCAUGCCCCGCUUGGCCGUCUCUCCUGACACCAAAUCCACCACGACAACUACCGAGGGAGGGACGACCUCACCGACAUCACCCACCUACUCUGCACCAGGCACGCCCCCUGCGAACCGUUCCUUCGUGGGAUUAGGACCAAGGGAUCCUGGGAGUAUCUAUCAGGCACAGUCCUGGUACCUGGGAUAACCGCCGCCGUGCCGCCCCUUCGCCUCCCUUCUCCUCUGCUUUAGGCAAGGAACAUCCCCGUCCCCGAGCACCAGGCCCAGCCUUGCGGUGACGACGGAGAGCGCGGACUCACGACGACGAUGACGACGACGACAAGCAAAACCCACACCCGAAGGAAAGAGCGAGGGAAAGGAAGAAGGAAAAGGGUCAAACUUUUUUAAAAAGGAAAAAAAAUACAAACAAAACAACAACCCAUCCCAGGAGGACCUUCCCCCCCACCCCAGCAAUGCACCAGAAAACAAAGAAACAGAAAAAAAGAAAGAAAAACACUAUUAUUUGCCCCGUCGGCCGGCGCCGCGCCGAGACCUGACACAACUCGUGCCAGUGAUGCCUCCCGGAGCGGCAGCGGGGCUGCGGCGCCAGAGCCCUGCUGGCCACUUGCCGGAGGGUCGGAUAUGCAAACGGCUCUUGACUCUCUCAUUCUUGCCUCUAUGUGAGUAGAAAAGAUCAAACCCCCCACCCCCCCCACCCCCCCCCCGGCCCCACACAGACUCUCGGGGGGGCCCCGGGGCCGGGGUGGGGCACGGCAGGGUGGGGGGACAACACCUCCUGCCGCCGGUUCCCAACGGACGCGGCCACGCUUGCCGUUGGGACGAUGUGAUGCUCCGUGCCGUGAAAGCGCCUCGGGGAUGGGCGACACCGUGCUGUGGUGACACGGUGACGUGGUGAUGCGGUGACACGGUGAUGCGGUGACGCAGUGGCGUGGUGGCACAGUGACACGGUGGCAUGAUGGCCAGGUGGCACGGUGGCCAGCUUGGCUUGGCACGAGCGGGUGUCACAGGAGGAGGGGGCUUUGGGCCACGGAGAGUGCAUGGGCACAGCUGGAGACGGUCACAGUGGCGGUGGCACCCCAAUUCCCUCGGGGACAUGGCGUGGGCACGCUCCCACCACGGUCCCGGUGGGACCCGGGCUGCCACCGUCGAGCCGGGGCAUCGGUCGCCGUCUCUCUGCAAUGCCUUCCUUGCCUGCCGGCGUCCACCAGCCCCGUCCCCACGUGUCCCCACGUGUGUCCCUGUGUCCCUGCGCCGGGGGUUCCGUGGGGCUGUGGUGGGGUGUGCGUCCGUGUGUCUGAGCUAUGCAUUCCUGUGGACAGGUUCCAGGUGGAUGGCGAGGAGAGGGUGCGCUCGUGUUGCACAUUUUGUAGGAAAUGCACUUUUAAGAGGGAAUCGUCAAAAAAAAAAAAGAAAAAGAAGAAGAAAAAAAAAUCACAAAAAAGGAGGAGGAGGAGGAGGAAGAGGAGGAGGAGGAGGAGGAGGAGACGAAGCCCCCGGCACUGGCUUGCCGGGAUGGCUGGUUUGGGGUUUUUGGGGUUUUUUUUUUUUUUUUUUAAUACAAAAGGAUGGAGAAAAGGAGCCCAAGCGAGGGCGAGGGCAGAGCCAGCCCCACGGAGCCCCCGGCCCCGCGUCAAGUGCCUGAACUGCGGCGGGGAGGGGUCCCGGGACCCCCGGCGGAGCCCCUGGCCGGGGACAGCGCUGGAGGAAGCGCCUGGCCGUCCCCGUCCCACACGAUGGCGGCGUGGCCGGGAAGGGGACGCGGGGACGUGGCAGUGCCUUAGAGCAGAGGGACCCACGCGGCGGCCGAGGCGAGGAGGAGGAGGAAGAUGACGAAGGCACCCAGCGUCUCCAGCGAGAUGGUGGCGGCCACGGAGGAGACCGGUCCCAGGCGUGUCCCCAAAGGGACCCCAGGGAGCCCACGCCCCAGGGGACACCCCACAGGUGAUGACGGAGAGAAGCCACCGUGGGAUGUCCGGGAGCAGGGGACGUCACCGAAGCCACCGCCACCACCGGCCUGGCCCCCUCCCCUGGCACCCAGAGCCGGCCCGUGGACCACCGGCAUCGCAUCCCCCAUCCCACCGGCCCCCCGCUCCACCCCGCUUCCCACCCCCGGGACAGCACAGCGAGGCCGGAUCCUGCCCGCCCGCAGCGUGGCACCGGGGAAAGGGCUGACGCAGGAAAUCCCGGGAGAGAAAAAGUAAUCAAAAAGGACAAGAAACGGAGAAAACCCACAAAAAAAAGGAAAAAAAAAAAAAAAAAAGCGCUUGGCGGAGAAGGAAACCUGUUUUUUUAAAAAGAUCUGAGAAAAGAAACACAUGAAAAAAAAGAAAAAGACAAAAAAAAAAAAAAAAAGACAAAUAAACUGCAUGGUGCUUUAACAGGAUCUGGUGACCUGGCUCAACCCAGCCGCGGAUGGCUGAUGCUGUGCAUGGCAGACUGUAUUAACCGGCUCUACCUUCCCCCUUCAGCAAAAGAGAAAAAAAAAAGAGGAAAAAAAAAAAAAAAAUUCUGUAUAAAAGAAAAAAAAAGCCGUAAAAAAAAAAAACACACAAGAAAAAAAAAAAUCCAUGUUUUCCUAAUUUGCACGAAAUUUUAUACCACAUGAUGUGCCUUGCCUUCGAAGACUAAGUAUUACCGGACCCGAUAUCAGUGCGAGGGAGUCGCUGCAUGCCCGGGGCUCCCGGGGGGCCGGGGGGGCUGGGGGCGGCUGCCCCCCCCUCGCCUCCUGCAUGGCUUCUUCUCGGCCGGAAAAGUCCCUUUUCUCUCUAUUAUUAUUCUUUUUUAACCAAUUUUCCCCCUCGGAAACGUCUUCCAGUUGGUAAUACCGAUGCAUCCUCUGCGCCAACACACCGGAAUAUGCAAUAGCCGCUCGGCUGCGCCGGCGAGGGGGGGUCCGGCCGGGGGGGGGGGUCCGGUGGGGGGGUCCGGCCACCCCUUUUGCUUUGCCUCUCUUUUUUUUUUUUUUUUCCCUUCCCUUUUGGGGGUUUUUAUUUUGUUUUUCUGCUUACAGCAACCAAAGGCAGCGAGGCGGGAGGCAGCAGGGACCCCCCCCCGGGUCAGAGCCCCCCCCCCCCCCCCCCCCGCCUUAAUGCUCGGGAGAACCCAGGCGUCCAGGCACGGCAGGAUGGACGAGGACGGGGAGGACCAGGGAUGGAGACCCCCAUGGCUGAGCCCUUACGGGGGGGCCACAGCAUCCCACCACCCCUCCCCGCCUUGUGGGGACCCCCCCCCCCUUUUUAAUUGGUUUUCAAUGGGGCGCAGGGCUGGGAGGGCUGAGCCCAGCUGCUCUCGUGACAGGAAUGGAACCGUGUGAAUGUAGCUGUGCCUCCCCCCCCCAGGGCUGGUGUUGGGGGGGGGGGUCACAGCCCCCCGACCCCCCAUCCCCAUCGGCUUCAUCUCCGGGGGUCUGGCUGGCAGAGCAGGGAAUAGGCAAAGUCCCAGCAGGAGUUCCCCUCUCUCACCGUCACUUUGCCUAUUCUCUGCUGCGCCGACUGCCGAGCAGGGUCCCGACACCCCCAAAAAAUCCAGAAUUUGCCUUAAAAACCCAAGCAUCCCGCCGGCCGGAGAGAGAGACACCCCCCCCCCAGCCCCCCUGAGGCUGAGGACUGACGCGGGUUGUGACACCGAUGGGCGGGUGGCACCGCGCGUCGCUGCUGCUUUGUAAUGAAGAAACGUCGUCGUCAACAUUUUUUUAAAUUUUUAAUUUUUUUUUCUUUCUUUUUUUUUUUUUUUUUGGUGUCCAAAAGUAUUAGCGGGGAAGGGGGGGGUGUCGUGUCCCGCCGGGGUCUCGCCCACCGGUGCGGUUUGCUGGGGGUCCCACAGGGCAGGGGAACAUCCUUGGGAGACUCUUCUUUAUGCAAGGUGCAGUAUUGAUUUCUGCAAGGACAAUGCAACGCGGGGAGCGGGAGGUUAGUGUCCAGUUGGGGGAAAAUAACUUAAAAAAAUAGAAUUUAAAAAAAAAAGAGAGAAAAUUGAAAAAAAAGAAAAAAAAAAACAAAAAAAGGGUUUUAAGGCUAGAAAAGGAUCAGCUCAAAGCAAAAAAAAAAAAAUAUAUA